AUGGGCAGCGCCAGCAGCAAGUCAGGCGACGCUAACCCCAAGAACUUGGGUGCAGACCCGAACGAUCCGUAUGCGUUCCCACUACACCAUCGUCCGUACUACAAUCAGAUGCAGCAGCAACAAGGUCGUAACUACGAUGGUACUAAGCAAGGAAAGAAUUCUUCAAGCUUUGUUAACCAACAGAAUAGCACUGAGGCCAUGGAAGUAGACCCACCGACCUCCUCAUCCUUGUCAUAUGCAAAUAGAGAAGUGUCUGAUGUAAAGCAUUCGGACGUUAAGGAUGGUAAGCAAGGCAGUGAAGAUGAUACACAGACUGAGGAACUUACAGUGCCACCUAGAGAAGACGUUGUGCCGAUGGUUUUUAAGUGGGAGCAUGGCGGUCGCAACGUGUUUAUUACAGGCACGUUUAAUGGGUGGGACAAGCAGUGCCCUAUGCAUCGGUCCGGUAAUGAUUUUACCUAUAUUGCUAACCUUACACGGGGCAAACACAUGUACAAGUUUGUUGUGGACGACGACUGGCGAUUUGCCCCGGAUCAACUCACAAUGGCAGAUGUGGAAGGUAACGUGAAUAACUAUGUGGAUGUAUCGGAAUUCGCUCCACUUUCCGACUUUGACGGCAAGAAUCAACUGCAGGGUGAUGAUGAAGACCCAGACAACCCUUAUGCACGGUAUAUUCCCGAGAUUGAUGAAUACACGAAAGAGCCUCCUCCACUCCCACCACAUUUGCGACACAUUAUUCUUAACAAGGCUCCACCGACAGUCGAUGGCCGAUUAUUGCCUGUGCCACAGCACGUAGCCCUCAAUCACCUCUACUGCACAGCAAUUAAGGACGGUAUGAUGGUGCUUGGUAUCACCAAUCGUUACAAGCAAAAUGGAUAUUUUGUAGAAGGCAUUUCAGGUAGUUAUGUAGUCGGGGGACCACCGUCGCAAAUGGUCCAAGUGUUGGACGCGGCAUCAGGCAUGCACCAUCAUUAG